AUGGAGUCACGUGGCACAGCGGUGAGCAUCACGCUUGCCAUCUUCUUGGUUUUGCAGCUGGGUCUGAUCCCCAUUCUGGCUCAGCAAAACGAAAUACAGACUGGGGUCGCAGGACAGAUGGUGACGCUGAACUGCAGAGGCAUCCCUCCUGAAAAUGAUGUGACCUGGAAGUAUUACAAGGUUGUCAGCUGAGAAACCUCUUCCUUUCUAACCAAGCGUAUUUUUUCAAAAGGUAGAGCUGCGAUGACCGAUCGAUCUGAAAUCGACCCCCACAGUAGACACCUGACAGUGUCGGACUUAAAGCUCUCCGACGCUGGCAUCUACACGUGUGAAUAUGGCUCUCGCACAGUCAGUAUCUCGCUGCACGUCUUCAAAUUGACGAUCUCUUUAGAUGGGCACUUCCUGCCAAAUGACGUCCCCGAGCUGACUUUAAUGCAAAGUGCAUCCCAUCCUCUACCCGAUCUCAGCAUCGCAGUGUUUACCAGCAACAGUAACACAGUCAUACCAGAAGUCUUACAAGACAAGACCCAUCAAAAAUACAUACUGAAGUUAAAGAAGCUGAAGGUUAUGGACAACGGGCGUUGGAUGUGUCACGUCCAUUCAGACUCGCCAUUGAUUAACCAGAGCAUCCCCUUUGACGUGAAGGUAUUAGGUUUUCAGAACCCGGAUUUGCAGAAAAAGUACGCAGCUGUUGAUAGUCCUGUUGUCUUGACAUGGCAUCUGAACUUCCAGAAGAUAAGAUGGAAAGAAGGUUUCACCGGACAACUGAGUUGGAAACAAGAAAAUGCAACCACUCACGAGCUUCUUGAUUUCAACGUCACAGCACAAGGAAACAAGCACGAGACCAGAAAAAGCAGACACUUUUGGUUUGAGAUACCUGAAAAAAGACCUGACAAUAUAGAAGUGAAACUCCCCAAAGUCCAUUUCAGCCACUCGGGGCGGUACCAGUGCCAGCUGGUGUACAAGAGGAGACGUGUGCAGAGCGAGAUAGAGCUGGUGGUGAUGAAAGUCUCAGCUAACCAUGUUGGGCCACUCCCCAGAGGGGCCCAGGUGACCCUGACCUGCCAGGUCUCUAGUCCACUUCCACCCAAUGCCCACUUGCUCUGGGAACGUGUGAAUGGGACUCAGAUGGACAUCAAGAAGUCCAAGCAGCAUGAAGUCAAGCUGGAGGUAAACGUCAGUGCCGCAGGGCUGUGGAAUUGUCACCUCGUGGAAGACAAUGACAGGAAAAUCAGCUCUGAUUACCUCGUGGAGGAAGCUCCUGUUUGGAUUAGCUAUGUGGUAAUUGGAGCAAGUAUUGGAGGCAGUGUAUUGAUGUUUGGCCUUGCAUGCCUGUGCAUCAUCAGUGGGGUAAACCGGCAGCGGAGAAGGCAACGGGCAAAAAGGAUGGCACGAGCCAGACAAUACUUGCUGGAAAACAAGACAUGUCAGUGUCAACA